GCUGCCAUCUUCCGCAUGAUGCGCGGCCCAGGCGUGCUCGCGCGGGCAAGGGCGAACUUGAGUUCCACUUGGGUGCGGCAGCUUUUGUGGAAGCGAUGCCAGGAGGGGGCGCCCGAGAAACUUGACGAGUUGGCAAAAUAUUUGCUGUGUCUGUCCGUCGAGGCCCUGGUGCAGAAGAGUUGGCGCUGGUGCGGGCCGUUGAUGUUCCGCCGGCGUUUGGAGCAGGUCCGUUUGUCUGGAGACCGCGCAGACAUUCUUGCCAUCGAUGGCAGCGCCAAGUUGUGCCGCCGAACGUGCGGCAUGCCUUUCUCUCACGUGGUCUACUGCGCCGAGCUGGACAAAUACCUUUUGCGAGGGUGCCCAGACCGUCCGCAUGGGAAGGGGGCGACGUGCUGCAAGCGUGCCGAGGCGUUAGUGGCUGACCCGCCGGCGCCGCGCGAGACUGUGUGCAACCACCGGUUGCGCCGAGCCCUGCGUGGGCCAGAUGAUUGGCCCCCCCUGGAGGUGCAGCUGAAAGGCUUUGCGCGUCGCUGGCAGCCCGCGCGCGCUGUCUCUCCAGAUGCGCUGGCUUCGUAUUUCGGCACUGGGGCUGACGCGCGCGUCCAAGCGCGCCGGGCUCGCCGCGUGGCGCUUCGAAAGCAGGGCGCGGCUGGCAAGAAAGGGCGCGAAGAAAAUAGCUUCAUGGCAUCCUGGAGUUCGAACGGGCCACGCGCCGCUUCCGAGUGUUCCACGCGCAAGGAGACGGACGCGCACAUCGUUGCAGCCGCCCGCGCAGCGGGCUUCCUGACGGCCGCAUCCGCGUCUGGCAUUGUGGCGCACGUGGAAGAGCUCAUUUGCGCUGAGCCCCUCAGCCAGCGGCACCGAUUCCUCGCCAUAGUGGCGGCCCACAUGCCCGACCUCAAGAUUGUCGUCCACGACGACGCGUGCCGCCUGCGCCUCAUGGCGGAGAAGAACGGGGGGGGCACCGCCAUGGCUGCGCGGUUGGCAACCGAGACGGCUUACAUUGUCGACGAUUACCAUUCCAGCGGGCACGUGGGCAAGUGGCUCAGCGAACAUUGCCUGCCGGGGCUGGAGGCCAACAAAGCCUUGUUGAGCAAGUUCCCCACGAACAUCUGCGAAAUCAUGAACAGCGAGUUGUCCCCGCUGGGCCACGUGAUCCACCGCGUGGGCCGGUGGGCCUCCCAGUUCUACGUGCAAGAGAUGGUGGGCGCGUUGAACAUGAAGACGCUGGGGCGCACGAGGGGCGCCCAGGCCGCUGCCGCCAGGAAGGUAGCUCGGGCGAGCGAGGCCGCCUCGGCCUCGGCCGAGAAGAAGCCGUCAUGCUCGCGACGCCACCGCGCCGUCGCGCACUGCGCGGCCAUGGCAGGGAAGAACACGGAGAGUCUGUCCCAGAAGCAGGUGAAGAAACUCUUUGCGAGGGCGAUGGCUCGCGUCGCCAGUGAGUUCAGCCCGGCGGAGCACCUCCCCCAUAGGGUGCGCGAGUUCUUGGAGCCCAUCGUUAACACAACGUGCUCAGGGUAUUACACGAGCGCCUUGAUGGUUGGAGGCUCCAUGGCGGCUCUUACAAAUGGCGCCGCCGUCAAGAUAUGGAGCCAGAAGCCCACUCCAUUAAUUGCACCAGUGUUCCAGAUAGGGAACGCACAGGCGGGGAAGAGCCGGCUUUUCAGUGUGUGCGAGGAGAUCUUCGACACGUGCGACGACGUCAUUGGCGAGCGCGUCGACUCGCUCCUCGACGACGGCCCCCCCGUGACCGUGAAGAGUAUCUGUCUCCAAAGCUUCACUUUUACGGAAUUCUUCUACCGGUGCUCCAGCGGCUUUCCCCUCGUUGAUUUUUCGGAGGGCGACGGGCGGGCUGCCGAAUUCAGGCUAUCAGAUGUGUGGGGCGGCAGGGCGUUCAAUCUAGACGAGGCGUGCGAGUUCUGGGACGGCCUCGGCCUUCUCGCUACCGGCCGCGGAGGAGGAGGUGGAGGAGGAGGAGAGAAGGAUCGGGCGCCGACGGUCCACGCGUCCACCCUGAACACUUUGAUCGCGAGUGGCAAGACGAGACGGGCAACUCGCACAAGCGCGACCUUUGGCGAGUCUCGCGGCAAACGCGUCUCGGUGUCUCUGCUCGGCAACGGACAUCCUCGGAAAUUCACAGCCAUGGACAGGGGGAUCGUGGGUAACCACACGGCGUGCACUAAGGAGCGCUUCGUCGUCUGCAUUGACCAGGCCACUGCGCGCCACGCUGCGCUGCCCGCGGGGAGUCGCCUCCCGCGCGGCGUCUCCGCGCGGGCGUGGCUGCCGCUCACCCCCCAGCAGGCGCAGACGUUCAACUGGGAGACAUACCUUGACGCCCCUGAGGCCGCGGCCCAGCAUUUGGAGAGGGACGCCGAGACGGGCGAGGCGUCGGCAGCAAAUUCCCAGGCUCGCAGUUUCGUGGGCCCGGCUGGCGGAUACAAGGUAGAGUUCCCAGAUGGCGAGGAGUCCCGGUUGCGAUGCCUGCGGGUUGCCCCGUCCGACGUAGGCGACGCGCAGUUGCGGGCCGAGUUCCGCAUUUCUAACAGGGGGGGCCUGCCGGACCCCGCGGGCCACAUCCAUGCGGGGGCCAGGAGGGUUGCAGAGCUUUUCGCCAAGAAGCCGCAGGCGAUCUUGCCGUUCGAGGAGGAGGCACGCAAUAUCAUGACGGGCAACCAAGUGGCACAGAGCAUCCGCGCGCAGUUGCGAGGAGACGACGAUCCUUCUUUGGCUGCGCUGGAGGCCAACGCCGCGGGCCAGCAGGGAUUUCAGGCUGCUCUCGUUGCCGUGCUGGAUUACGCUGGAGGCGGGGGCACCUUGGACGCGGCCUCGGGGUUGCCGCUCAUCGCCACCCAGCACGUCCAGUGCGCCAGGCGCAUGCUCGACAUCAGCAUUGCCAUCCGGACCAUAUGGCGAGCUGCUCUGGACGAAGACGGCGACGCUGCCGACGGCGAGAGCGACGGCGACAGCGAGCCAGGGCGUUUGGCGCGCCCUGUUCGGGGUCGCUAUCACCCUCAUGCGUACGCCGCGCCGCUCUCCACGCAGGUGCCAGCUUGCCCGGCGGCGCCCCAGGGCCCGGUUCCCGCUGGCGGCCUGGUGGCUGACGUUGCGCGCCCUGCCGCGCGGGCUGGCGGCGGCAAUGUCGACGUCUCGCAGCCCGCCAGUCCGGGCGCCGCGGAGAGCGAUCUGGCCGGUGCCCCCCCGACAGGAGGCGAGGCGCCGGGCUCGGGCGAGCGCGCGCUGACGUUCGCGGACUUGGCGGGCGAGGCGCAAUUCGACAAUCAGGGCCUUGGCGAAGGGGGGGCCAUGGUUUUCACGAAGGCAGCUUUCAAGGACAGAGAGCUCAUCCGUCGUGUGCUCCUGGCCGGGAAAAGCCAGAUUUCCGUGAACGCCUGCGUCGACCUCUACAGCGUGGCCGUGUCGGACCAAGAGGCCCCCGCAAAGCGGAAGAGGCGAGCGCGCCCGUCCAAGCCCGAAGCGGUGGCGGUGCUUAAGGCGGCCUUCGAGCAGUUCCCGCGCCUGGGGGAGUGCCAGGAGCAGAACGGCGAGGUGUUUCUCAAGGGCUGGCCCGACUCAGAACUUGGGAGGACGCUCUUCCACAACGAGCUCAUGCGCUGCUGCCGCGUGUCACUGAGGCAGCUGUCACAGAAGCGCGCCCAGUUCCACGAGGGGCGCCCGCAGCUCGCUGACGCGACGCCGAGCCGCGCGGCCGGCCCCCCCGCGCAGCCCCCGCCUUCGCGCGGCGCCCGGGCGAGUGACGCCGGCGCUGCCCCUGACGCGCCGCCCAGUGCUUCUGGCGUCGCGGAGCCGGUCGCGAUGGGCGCUUCGCAGGGCUUGCGCCCGCCAGCUCCGAGCAC